UUUAGUAUUAUUUUGUUUCAUUUCAAGCUGGAUAUAAUGGAAGGAGAGGUUAAAGGUGGAACUGUUUGGACAGUAAGUCAGAAAGCUUUUGUGCAAGAGUUUCUUGCUAACCUUGUUGCUGAUGGUUCCAAAACAUCAACUGGUUUCAAAAGAGUUCAUCUCAGUGCUUGUGCUAAAGCUUUGAACAAUCAUUUUAAGAUCAAUAGAACUCCUGAACAAAUUGGCAACCACUUGAAAACAUUGAAAAAAGUACAUUAGGAUCAACCAACUUAGGAGCAAGAGUGGUGCUAACUGGGAUGAAGAGAACUUUAUCAUCCGAUAUGACCAUGAGAUGUACACAAGUCAUUUUAAGGAUGAGAAUGGAAAGGAGAUCAACAAGGGUGAUGAUGAGUACAUAAACAAGCCUCUUCCAUACUAUGGAAAUCUAGCUACCAUCUUCGGUGAUAGUGUUGCAACAGGUCAAUUUGUGAAGACCUCAAGUGAACCUCUUGCUGUUGAUGUUGAAGAGGAUGAGAUGAAUGUUGGAACACCAUCCAGUACUUCCAUUGACAAAGAAGACACAGCGGGUUCAGGCAAUAGGCCCUCCAAGAGAGCUAAGAAGGAUGAAAAUAUAGUUGAUCCUUUGGUUCACGCCUUUGAACUUGGUACUCAAACCAUAGCUGGUGCUAUACGAGAUGCAGCAUCCAAGAGAGCGUUGCCACCAGGUUUGUUUGAAGCUGUGGAUAGUCUUCCUGGUUUUGAGCUUGAGCACAAGGCUAAGUACUAUUCUUAUUUGCUGAACAAUCCUAAUGUUGCACAAGGGUUUGUGGAGGUGCCGUUGUUGUACAAACUUAGUAUGCUUACUGAGUUCAUUAAUGGUAAUAUGUAGGCUUGCUAGGAAUACUUUAUUUUGGGUGACAUAAACUAGUAUGUCAUGCUUCUAUGUAUCCAUAAACAAGGCACUUUGGGAAUACUUCAUUUUGGGUGAUAUGAACUUCUAUGUCAUGCUUCUAUUUAUUCAUGAACAUGGCACUUUGGAUUAUAUGAGUGUUGUGAUGACUUGUGGUUUA